GCCAUUUCCCCUUGUAUAUCUCUCGCCCUCUCUCUCUCUCUCUCGAUAUUUUUUGCUUCCGAUUUUCUAUACCAAAACAUUUCCCUAUCUGAAAGUGUUGGUUGGUCUCUGUGAACUCUCCGACAGCUAAAUUUCAUGUCUGAUUUUGAAGUCCAAAUCCCUGGCUCCUUUGAUCCUUUUGCUGAGGCAAAAGCCGAGAACUCGGGUGCAGGAUCAAAAGAAUAUGUGCAUAUUCGGGUCCAGCAGCGGAAUGGUAGGAAAAGCCUGACAACUGUCCAGGGUUUGAAGAAGGAGUUCAGCUAUAACAAAAUUCUCAAAGAUCUGAAGAAGGAAUUUUGCUGCAAUGGUACAGUGGUACAGGACCCUGAGCUAGGACAGGUUAUACAACUCCAGGGUGAUCAGAGGAAGAAUGUCUCGACGUUCCUUGUUCAGGCAACCAUUGUGAAAAAAGAGCAAAUCAAGAUUCAUGGUUUUUGAGAAGUUGCAGCAGAAGCAGCAGCAGCCACCACUGAGACUGAACUCCCUAUGUUUGCUGCUGCUUAGUCUGCUUAAAC